AGAAGAAGACGAAGCUGCCGUCAUUUCCGGUCACAAAGUAAACAAGAUGGCGUCAGGCAGCGGGUCGAGUAAAAACGACUUCCGACGGAAAUGGGACAAAGACGAGUACGAGAACCUCGCCCAGAAACGUCUGGCGGAGGAGAGGGAGCGCGAGCGGCGAGAUGGGAAAACGGCGCCGCCGGUCAAGCGGGACCUCCUGCGUCACCGGGACUACAAGGUGGACCUGGAGUCCAAGCUGGGGAAGACCAUCGUCAUCACCAAGACCACGCCGCAGGCCGAGAUGGGCGGGUAUUACUGUAACGUGUGCGACUGUGUGGUCAAAGACUCCAUCAACUUCCUGGAUCACAUCAACGGCAAAAAACAUCAGAGGAACCUGGGCAUGUCGAUGCGGGUGGAGCGCUCGUCUCUGGAUCAGGUGAAGAAAAGAUUCGAGGUGAACAAGAAGAAGUUGGAGGAGAAGCAGAAGGAGUACGACUUCGAGGAGCGCAUGAAGGAGCUGCGGGAGGAGGAGGAGAAGGCGAAGGCGUACAAGAAGGAGAAGCAGAAGGAGCGGAAACGACGGGCGGAGGAGGACGUGGACUUCGAGGAGGACGACGAGAUGGCGGCAGUGAUGGGCUUCUCCGGCUUCGGCUCGUCCAAGAAGAGCCACUGAAGCUCCGCCUCUCUGAGGCAGGAAGCAGCUUUCUGCCCCGCCCUCUCUACAUCAGGCGGAAGUUCGGACUUAGGCGGAGCUCAUCUUGGACUCUUAUUUUGUUAUUCACAGCCAGACUCUUAUUUUGUUAGUUCAUCUAGAUGUAAUCAGCUGCUUCCUGUUGCUCACAGGAUGCUGAUUAAGUGUUUGUUAAAUCCUGCAGGCAGUAAACGCAACAGGUCAGAGGUCAGACAGGAAGUAGCUGUCAGCAGUGAGAAGGCAUUCCAGGCUGCACAGAAAAAAUCUGAAAUUUUAAAUUUUGAUUUCCCGGGUUUGUGUUUGAGCUUCUUCACAUAAAGUUUUGAUUCAAACACACAAAACAUAAAACUUUAUUUAAAGCACAGCUCAGACAGUUUGAUCCCCGUCUGUAUCAGCCCCUAGGCAUGCUGGGAAAUUCAGAUUGUAAUAAACAGUUGUUUUUUUUUAAA